CCAACCCAAUCGCUCUGCCAAAAGACAUGUUUGGCUUCGCACGCAUGUAUGUUAUACCGCCACCACUUGUACACAUUAAGAGACAAUCACACACACUAUCAAUCAACGAUCGUCAAAUCACCUCAUAAUCUCGCUACCACUCUCGACUCUGUGAACCUAAAAAGGUGGAGGAUUGAUCUCAGGGCUUUCGGCUUUUUCUCGCUUCGGUCGGAAACCAUUGUAAUUGAAAACCUAGGGUUAGGGUUUUGAUCGUGGCGAAUUAAUUUGCCAUGUAUUCUGUUUUCAUGUUGCUUAGAGAAGUGAAAGAAGAUUAGCUUCUCUUUAAAUUUAUACUUUUACUUUCAUUAGGGCUAUCUUUUGUUCUGAUUAUCUGUAGCUUCAAGUAAAUCUUGUAAACAAUCGAGGAUUAUUCCAUUGUCAUUUAUUUUCUGUGUUUUAUUUGCUCGUUAUCUUGAGUUUUAAUGAAAAUCAGUGAAAGAUUCUGGAAGUUCCACACAAAAGCCCCAUUUUGAAAGAAAACAGAAGGAAAAAAAAAUAUCAAAAGAAAAGAACAAACAAAAAGAAAAGAAAAGAAAAAUUGAGAAUAAUACUAUUGGUGAUAUAAAUGGGGUAUAAUGGUCAGCAGCAGCAGCAGAGGUUAGGCAUUACAGAUCCCAUUUCUUUGGGUGGACCAACCGAGUACGAUCUGAUCAAAACCUGUGAACUUGAGAAGUAUCUGCAAGAUGCAGGAUUGUAUGAGAGCAGGGAGGAGGCUGUAAGUAGGGAGGAAGUGCUUGGAAGACUAGACCAGAUUGUGAAGAACUGGGUCAAAGUUAUAAGCCGUGCCAAAGGAUUGAAUGAGCAAUUGGUUCACGAAGCAAAUGCUAAGAUAUUCACAUCUGGUUCUUAUCGUUUGGGGGUGCAUGGCCCCGGUGCGGAUAUUGACACUCUUUGUGUGGGACCUAGGCAUGCGACACGCGAUGAAGAUUUUUUUGGUGAGCUGUACAGAAUGCUAUCAGAGAUGCCUGAAGUGACAGAGUUGCACCCUGUUCCUGAUGCUUAUGUCCCAGUGAUGAAAUUCAAAUUGAAUGGGAUUUCAAUAGAUCUUUUGUAUGCAAAACUGUCACUAUGGGUUGUUCCAGAAGACUUGGAUAUUUCACAAGACUCCAUACUACAAAGUACAGAUGAACAGACCGUUCGUAGUCUUAAUGGCUGCAGAGUGACUGACCAAAUUCUGCGUUUGGUACCAAAUAUCCAUAAUUUCCGCACGACACUAAGGUGCAUGAGGUUGUGGGCGAAGCUUCGUGGGGUUUACUCUAAUGUUGCUGGUUUUCUGGGUGGAAUAAAUUGGGCAUUGCUUGUUGCUCGCAUUUGCCAGUUAUAUCCCAACGCAGUUCCUAAUAUGUUAGUCUCUCGAUUUUUUAGAGUAUAUAAUCAGUGGCGGUGGCCUAAUCCGGUCAUGCUGUGUCCAAUUGAAGAAGGCUCCCUUGGUCUUCAAAUUUGGGACCCUAGAAGAAAUCCCAAGGAUAGGUUUCAUUUAAUGCCCAUAAUCACUCCUGCAUAUCCCUGCAUGAACUCCAGUUACAACGUUUCGUCAAAUACUUUACGUAUAAUGAAAGAAGAGUUUCGAAGGGGGUAUGAAAUUUGCGAGGCUAUGGAGGCAAACAAGGCUGAAUGGGAUACACUUUUUGAACCCUAUUCCUUUUUCGAUGCAUAUAAAAAUUUUCUGCAGAUAGACAUCUGUGCAGAGAAUGCCGAUGAUUUAAGAAAGUGGAAAGGCUGGGUUGCGUCUCGACUUCGUCAGCUCACGCUAAAGAUUGAGAAGUACACAGGCAAUAUGCUUCAGUGCCACCCACACCCUGGUGAUUUUCAAGAUAAGUCCAGACCUUUUCACUGCUCUUAUUUCAUGGGUUUGCAGCGGAAACAAGGAGUCAAUGUAAGUGGAUCUGAACAAUUUGAUAUAAGGUUAACUGUUGAAGAAUUUAAGCACUCUGUUAAUGUGUACACAUCAUGGAAGCCUGGUAUGGAGAUUCGUGUGACCCAUGUUAGAAGGAAGAAUGUUCCUCCCUUUGUGUUUCCUGGAGGGGUUCGUUCUUCGCGUCCAUCUAAAUUGACUUGGGAUAGUAAGCGGGCCUUGGAAACCAAGGUUUCUGGCAGUUGUGAAGCAGAAAAUUCUGAUAGUCAUGGAAGGAAGAGAAAGCGGAUUGAUGAUGAUGCUGAUAUUAACUCAGGCAAUGCGAUUACUGUUGUACCUUCCUCCAGUGGGGAAAUUAAUGAAGAUGGUGGUUCGCAUUCCAUGAAUUUUGACGACACAAACAGCAUAGCAGGAAAAGUUAAAGACAGCGUAAUUGAUAGCUCUAGAAGUUCAACUAAUUUUACAGAUACUUCUUUGAAGAAUGGCGUUGAUGAUGCAUUAGUUGGUGGGUGCAAUCCUGAUAAUAAAGAUCCAUUUUCCAUUGCUGAUUCCUCAAGUUCUAAAGAGGCCGAGAAACUGGCCAUUGAGAAAAUUAUGUCUGGUCCAUAUGUCUCCCACCAAGCUUUACCCCGAGAACUUGAAGAGCUUGCCGAUGAAUUUGAACAUGGAAAUCAAGCCAAAAAUUCUGGGGCAAACAAUAAAGGCUGCACCAUUGAAGGUUCAGCAGAGAAUGCAGCAGCUGCAGUGCCAGAAACAUCCAAUGGUGGUCCUCCCUCUGGCUUAAAGGCGAACGGGAGCUCAGAAGAGCUUGAGGUGGAGGAGCUCAUGGCACCGUUCCCUAAUGGGAUUACUUCUGCACCACCAACCCAACAAAAGCCUCUUAUCAGGUUAAACUUCACUUCUCUGGGCAAAACCGCCACCAGCAAAACCACAUGAAAGGCUGCGUCAGCGGAACCGAUGCCAAUUUUAGAUUGUUGUUGAGAGCUGACCUGUUUAAGAGAGUAUCCCUGUACUUGUCCUUGUGUAAUGAUAAUAAAACUCUACAAAUAAUACAUCUUUAACAUUACUUAGAUCCUUGUUCUUGUUAAUUGUAUGAACUUAUAGCUUUUUUUUUCUCUCU